AGGACCUUAUCAUGUCCAGCAGGGAAGCCCAUAUCUCAACGCCUCAGCACGACGUCAGCGGGCCCUUUCUCGCCCCAAACUCCGGCGACGAUCCACACCACGAGCUAGGGUUCUACAGAGAGGCGAUGGCGUUGACUAACUUAAUCCUGACGGUGGUGGGCGUGGGCGCGGCGGUGAUGCUGCUGCGGAAGGACGUGAAGCAGUCGUCCGCCGUCUUCCGCCGCAACAUUCGCCACAUCAAGACCUGGCUCGAGGAGGAGUCCGCCGCCACCACAUCUGCUGAGCGAUCGGUACCAAAGGAGCUGGAGUCCCAGGCUGCCAAGAAGGAUUCCACACCCAAAGUGGACAAGGAUUAGAUGAUUUUACACUGUUUCUAUUCGACGCUACUGCGGGUUUAGAUUCACAAGAAGUACUUGUAAAUAGAAGAUGUUUGGUAGGAUCUUCACUCUAAAGAAUAUUGGAAUCAAAUAAUUUGGGCAUGUAUGGAUAGCUGCAUGUGGGUUCUAUAUGUCUUCAGGUUGGUCUGAAGAUUUGAGUGCAUUUUUAUAUUUCUGUCUGGUAAGAUAUUUUACUGAAACUCUGCGGUUGAGAUCAAUCAUAAUGCGAUCAUUCUUUAA